UGCGACCUCUUCCGGCCCGGACGGGAGGCUCUAGGUGUGGGGCGGUCCGGGAGGAGGGGAUGUUAUAUUCCCCUCCUACGGGACCUCUGUUCUCUACCCUCCCUCUUCCAGCCCCCGCCCUCGAGUAGUGCCCGCCCCAAUGAGGGUGGAGGGAACUCGGCCCGGCGGGGCCUGGAGAGCGUCGAGUCACCCGCUCCCCGGGGGACUGGGGCGCCCUCUGUUCUGGUGGGGCUCCUCGGGCCACUUCUGAGCCCAGUGCGGUGGGGAAGUGGGUGGUGGGUAGGCGAGAUGGACGCUUUCACUCGCUUCACCAACCAGACUCAGGGCAGGGACCGGCUCUUCAGAGCCAUUCAAUAUACAUGCAUGUUGCUUAGAUAUUUAUUAGAGCCUAAGGCUGAUAGAGAGAAGGUGUUAAUGAAGCUCAAGAAACUGGAAUCUAGUGUGAGCACUGGCCGUAAAUGGUUCAGACUGGGUAAUGUGGUACAUGCUGUCCAGGCAACUCAACAGAGCAUCCAUGUAUCUGAUCUUGUGCCCCGAUUCUGCCUAACAAUAGCCAACCUGAACCGUGUGAUUUACUUUGUCUGUGACACUGUCCUUUGGGUGAGGAGUGUAGGACUCAUCUCUGACAUCAACAAGGAACAAUGGAGAAAGUGGGCUGCACGUCAUUACUACUAUUCUCUCCUGCUGAACAUCAUCAGAGAUGUGUAUGAGGUCUCCUUACAAAUGGAGAAAGCUGCACAGGAAAAGGCAAAAAGAGAGAAAUCAAUGCCCCCAAACCACCUAGGACCUUGUGUAGCUGAUGAAGAAACAGAGUGGCUCCAAUCCUUUCUCCUUCUCUUGUUUCAUUCUCUAAGGAAGCAUCCCCCCUUGCUAUUAGACACAGUGAAGAACCUCUGUGAUAUCCUGAAUCCUUUGGACCAGCUUGGUAUUUAUAAGUUGAAUUCUGGCAUCAUUGGACUAGGAGGCCUCCUGUCCUCCAUAGUAGGCAUGAUAACAGUAGCUUAUCCACAGAUGAGACUAAAGACUUGCUGAAGUUCUUUUGUGUUGGGUACUAACACCUAUUUAAGAAGGUGACCCUCUGCAUAGGAUGGGCACCUUGCCUAUGACUGAUGUAUUCAAACCACUUUUUUGUUCAAUUCCCUAUGCUUAUGUGGGUACACGCACUACAUGUGUGCGUAUUCCUCUGUCCCUUUCCCCAUUGCACUAAAAAAAAAUUCAGAGGUGGUCUCUGAACCUACCUUGAAGGGUCGUUGUGAGAAUCCAGUGAGAUAAUAUAAAAAAAGCACUUAUCACGGUGCCUGACACAUAGUAGAUACCAUGUAAAUGCUUAUUUUUUCCCCUGCCUCCUGCUAUUGAGGUAGGACAGAACUGAGUUUGCAGUUUUUAAACCCUCUGCUCUCUAAUAAAGUUUUUGAGUAGUACAUUUGAUGUGUAAGAACUAAUAAUGGUAUAAGGAGACUCACUCUGUUGAUGAAGUUUUUCAGAUACACAAAAAGAGUGAGCCCCAUUUAUUAAUUAUAUAUAUCCUUCAAAAUUUGAACUCAUUACAAAAGUCAUGUCUAAGCUGUCUAAUUCUAGACUCCAUAAUCUGAUGGUUAGUUGUUCUUAAAAUAACUGCUUUCACAAAACAAAAGUCUGUUAAUCUAGAAGCUGAGUAUGAGUACGCCACUCACGGUUUUCUAUGAUAAUCAGGUAUUUAAGUUUAUAGAGUAUGGGGUGUAGUUUGUCCCUGGGGGAGAAAGAGCAGAGAGGAGGAUGGAUAGGGCAGAGUGUAAGGAGUGAAGUGCUGAGGAAAGAAAGACAAGCAUUAAAAAGCAUAAUUUACUAUGAUCAGAUUUGGAGUAUUGAAUUAAACUGGGAAGUAAGUUUUUAUGCCAUAUGCUCACUCUAUAGCAGCUACCUUCCUCAGACCUUAAGUCAUUGGUGGAUAUAUGCUAGUUCUGCUCUUGCAGAUGUCAUGGGAUGGAAGUGAAUUAGGUAUGGCACACCAUCAGUUAAGGGGUUAGUAAAUGGUUUAGUUUAGUGGUCUAGUUUGAGUGGUUCUUAAAAAAUAUGUUUAAUAGGACAUAUGAAUUCAACUGCUAAAAGAAAUUUGACUCCUAUUCUUUAUUUUUUUAUUUUAUUUUAUUUUUUUGGUGAGGCAAUUGGGGUUAAGUGACUUGCCUAGGGUCACACAGCUAGUAAGUGUCAAGGGUCUGAGGUCGGAUUUGAACUCAGGUCCUCCUGAAUCCAGGGCCAGUGCUCUAUCCACUGCACCACCUAGCUGCCUCUGACUCCUAUUCUUGAAGACGACAUUCACAUCCAUGGCUUAAUUCCAUUUCUUAGGCAAGGCAGCAGAUCUGGAAAAGAAAUUGGGUUUGGGAAUUUUUUAAGUAAAAUGGAAGAUGUCAGGCAAAGACAAAUUUUCUCAAUAACCCUAUUUUUACAUCAUGAUGCUCAAUUGUAAUGUAAAUGAAUUAUGACCAAUAAAUUU